UUAUUUUGCAUUAGUUUCCUGAUAAUUCAGCUUCUUAUCUCAGGCUGUGAACAAAUCGCUAUGUUCUCAGAUGCCAAAUUUUGGCUUAAGCUGCUUUAAUCAGUUUCAGAUAUAUGUUAACUGAAUGUUGCGCUUUGUCACCAUUGAAUGCAACAUAAUUCUAAACAGUUUGGAUGUUUUACUUUUAUGAUUUCAGAUAGAGAUUCUUUUUUCACAUUUGAUGUAAUAACUGCUAAUGUUAAAAAUCUUAUGUCUUUGCAUUCAUUAUGUUUAUUAUUAAUCUAAAAUUAAAACGUGAAAAAGAAGAUGUUUCUGUUGGAUCAAAUGCAAUUUUUCUGCAUUUUCUCAGUCAUCUUUAAAUUUAAGCAACUAAAUUCUUAGUUAAAUUGAGUUUCAGCAGCAAAUGAAAACUGCAAUGCUUUCAGAGUUUGUGCACCAGGCUAGAAGUGGUUGAAGAUCUGCUUCUUUGCUGCAGUAUUUCUUCCUGUCAUUCUUCUUGGUCCCAGACAGGAAGUCUAACGGACUGAUAAAGGGCCAUCUCUGGAAAUCAGCUAAAUGGAUGUGGUCAACCUUUUAGCUGUACAGUUUCACUUUGAAAAUACUUGUCUCUUAAAAGUCUUAAGUGUUUUUAGGUGUAUAAGAGCUUGCAAGAACAUCCUUAUAGAAUAUUUAUUCUUUAACUUUUUUUUAAAGGGAUUUUAUUUAUCUGAGCAGGAAGCUUCUGCAAUAACAUUCCAUGUUAAGAGUUUCUGAAAAGUCAAAAUGUCUGAAAAUGUUAAAGAAGAAAACAACAAAGUGGGUAAUGAAUUACCAUUAAUGAAUUUCUAACUGGGUGUGACAGCAGGUGUACUGUGCUCUAACGGAUAGAUCUCAGGUCACAUAAAUUAUGCAAAGGGGGAAAAGAGGAAGUGUUUGUUGUCUAUUAUGUCCUGAUGGAUCCGCUUCGCUUCCUCUUUUUUUAUCUGCUCUUUCAUUCCUCUUUUAAAGCACCACUAAGUGAAAGAAACCAUAUUUUCACAGGAAACUGUAACUUCAAAUAAAGAACCUGUAAUGAGGAACUUUUCCUCAGAACCUCAUGGGAAAAUCCCAGCAGCAAAGGGAAGGUUGGAGAAUAUUGUCAUUGAAAAGAACUUGGCUCCUCCUGGAAACUGACACAAACUCCACAUGUGGGGAUUUUGUGUAAUUUAAUCAAGCAGAAUAAUUUCUUCAGUCGUCCUGUGUUGAACUUUGUUCCCUCUGGUCUAUGAUGCAGAAAAGUGCCACGGCUCUAAAUGCCCGCACAGAAACGUGUUCUUCAUCUGAUAACGUAUGCUGCUGGGCGUGCUAAAGUUCACAUGCUUUGGGGUUGUGGUCAACAGAGACACUUCCUGUAGGUUUGACAGCUGCUCUGUGAAGCAUCUGUUUGAAGACAAACACUGCAACACACUUCCAAAGUCGUCUGAUUUAUCUCCAACGGUCAAAAUGAAAGUCGCAGCUUUUAAUGUGAGGAACUUGGGAAAUCAGAAAGUCACAGACAAAAUGGUUUCCCAGUACCUUACUAAGAUAAUCUCUCAGUACAGUGUAAUUGUGAUACUCGAGGUGGUAGAUAAAAGCGGUAAAGCCAUGGAGAUGUUGCUUAAAAAACUCAAGUGUACUGCUGAUCAUCCAUAUGAAAUGAUCUGCAGCUCUAGUCUGGGCAGAAACACCUACAAGGAGCAGUUUGUUUGUUUCUACAGAGCAGAUGAGGUCAAGCUUACAGCUCAGUAUCAGUAUGAAGAUAAUCAGGCUGGAGAUGAAGAUGCUUUCGCAAGAGAGCCCUUCAUCCUGCGCUUCCACUGUCCCUCCACAGCUGUAAAAGACCUGGUCCUGAUUCCGGUCCACACCAAGCCAGAAGACUCAGUAAAGGAACUUGAUGAGCUUUAUGAUGUGGUCACAGCUGUCAGACAGAAGUGGAAAACUGAUAACAUCAUGAUAUUGGGGGACUUCAACGCAGAUGGUCGAUAUCUUUCCAAGAAGAAGAAGGAAUCAAUCCGCAUCUCUUCUGAUCCCUUCCACUGGUUGAUAGAUGACGAUGUUGACACCACGACUAGUAAUCAUAAUGACAACACCUACGACAGGAUUGUGGUGUAUGGGGAAGAAAUGCUGGAUGCCAUUGUUCCUGACUCUGCAAAGUCUUUCAACUUUCAAGUGGAGUUUGGGCUGACAGAUGAAGAAGCUGGAAACAUCAGCGAUCAUUAUCCUGUGGAGGUGGAGCUGGAGACUGUCAAAAAAGCAGCAAAACCAAAGAAGAAGGCUUUACCACAAACAAGAAAGACAUCCCCCAAAGGAAAAGGUCCAAAGAAAGGAUCACAGAGUAGGACCAAGCCAACAGAAUCCAAGACUUCAGCUGCAAAAAAGAGAAAAGGACAAUCAGUUGCAUCCAAGACGCCAACAAAAAGGGGACGUUGAGCCACUUUAACCAAUCAUUACCAAACUUUUCUAGUCUAUAUUUUUGUGGAAACUCAAUGUCCAAUAAAGAAAACAAAUAUAGGCUAAGUCGACAACUUAAUUCUCUGACUCAGAUGAAACUUGAUAUUAAAUAAAAAAAUAUUCAUAAAUCGAA